ACAGUUUGCAGAUCUAAAACCAAGAUGAAGACGAUACUGGUGGCAGUGAGCCUGGUUGCGGUGGCCCUCGUCCCCGCCUCGCGCUCCGAGGAGAGCCCAGAGGCGCAGGAAGGCCGCCUCUUCUUCGGGAACUACCAGACCAGCACCUUGACUGUGGUCGAGGCCUCCACCUCCACCGUGUUCUUCUCUUGUCUCUCCUCGACGGCGGCUCUUGCAUGCAGUGGAAGGAGGAAAAGGAGGGCGUUCAGUAUGAAAAUGCCUGUUGAUGGGCGAGACCUCCCGCUGGAAAGCAGUGCCAACAGUGAGGUUGAAGCAGAGGGAGACCAGCCUGCGGAUAACCAGAAGCUGGGCUUCACCAUCUGGACCACCGCAAAAACCACCACAACCGUUACUGUGCUUUCCACAAACACCGAUACCACAAUCCGCCUCCUGUAUUCGUGCACGGCGGCUGGCCAAACCCUGCCGGCUAUCAGCUGCUCAGGAUAAAGAGGCCCUGUCGCCAGGCACCAUCUAAACCAACCAAGACAAACCAAACCUGCUCGUUUUUUUGUGGUAGUUGACCUGUAUUAUGUGUGGUUAGCUGAGAGCUGACCUGUUGUUGCUGUAUAUAGUUGAGAUUCCGAGGAUGUUCUAUGUAUUAAUAAAAGUGUAAGUUCAA